AUGGCUGCCACAAAGGACGACUGCGACUGCCCAAAUCCAAUCCUGUGGGAAUUCCCGGCGCCAGGCAACCAGGAUCUGAUGCCUAGCAAGCACCCUCAGAGCUCUAGCUUCGAGAUCGAGCAGUACCUUGAGGCUUCCGCUCACGUCCCACCUACUUCCGGCUUUGGUACCGUCCCGGUAUACAUCAACGACCUUGUCAAGCUUACCUGGCCUUCGGACUUCAAUGUUCCGGCUGCCAGUCACCGGAACCUGUACUGCAAGCCCUGUGAACAGGACAAUAACUACAACACAAAUCAGAAAGUGUUUGAUUGGGAGUCUUGCUGUCGUGUGUAUGACAAGACAGAUCUGACGGUCACGCUAGACGAGAAACCGGGGCAUGGUGGAAUAUGGUCCACAAGCUUCGACGUGAUGGGAUCAGGGAUGGCUAAAGUUCCAAUCAAAUUCUCGUUCACGCCUGAAGCGGAUACCAUGGUCUGCGCCUUGGGUUUUCCUGGCAUGCUGGAAGGAGGCCUCUCGCAGGCCUUCCCCGUCAUCAACAAGCAGCCACCAUCAGAGAGAGGUCGGCAUCUAUUCACAGAAGAUGACCCUGAAGGUGUGCCGUGGAAGGAUGAUGCGACAGCGCCAUUGCGAAUGCACCACAUUGUUGGCAUCGUGUUAGCGGUUGCGCUUUGCAUGGCGUUUUUCGCCCGAUUGUUCUGGCAGAAGAGGAAGCAGAGGAAGGCGUCGCAGGCUCUGAUGGCUCAAGCUGAGAGCGGUGGUCUUAUGGAUGGUAGCAAGACGAGAUAUACCGAUGAUAUGUAG